AUGAAGUUGCUGGCAGAGGUUCGCUAUAUUAGCGCGAGUUAUUUUCUGUUCCGUCUGACAGCAGAUUUAGAGCGACUCCCCUACCCGUUGGCACCCAUUCAGGCACAAGGUGCGACCGCAUUAGCCGAGACCACCGGACAAGGCGAAACAUGGCGUUGGCGCGUCUUUUCGAUUGGAUCCAUGGCGGGAUUGUUCUGGGGGUUUUUCUAUAUCGGUAUCCCCUCGCUCACUGGGGUGAUGAUGUCAACACCGAUACAGAUUCUGAAAAUCCCAUUUAUCGACUUCACCCCGAGCAUCGAAAGCUUUGCGCCAUCAGGUAUGUUUGCCCUGUGGACAGAUUUCGGACUGAUACUACAGGGAUUUGUGCUGCCGUUCCCAAUCAUUAUGAGCGAAUUCGCUUCAGCGAUGUUCACUCAAUUUAUUCUGAAUCCGCGAAUUCUUUAUCCAUUGGAAAUCCUACAUCAGUGGCGUCCGGGCUUGGAUAUGCGAGGCACCAAGUUGUUUAAUGACCUCGACUUCUGGUUGAGUUUCAACAUGGGCAAAUCCUUUAGCUUUGCUGCUGUUGGUUUGGCAGCGUCCAUCCCAAUCAUGUUGAGCCUCAGAAAAACAAAAGAACGAGAGGCUGGUGCGCGAGGCUCGCUGCAAACGCCACCGGGACGUGGCGAUUUCCCAAUCUGGCUGAUGGGCGGCUUGUGGGUUCUCAGCAUGGUGGUGUAUGUGUGGAUUGUGCAUCGUAUGGUGCCAAACUUCCCCGUUUCGUUCCUGCUUGGUUUUGCCUUUCUGUACACUCCCUUGCAUUCCUAUAUCAAUGCACGAACAUUUGGGGUGCUAGGGCGACCUCUCUUCGUGCUGCCCUACAUCCAUCAAGCAACGUUUAUUUUAAGUCGCUACGAGGAGAUCGACAUCUGGUUUGUCCACCUACCAGAUGAAGAUUAUGGCGCGGGUACACAGCAUUGGCGUGUGCUUGAACUGACCGGCACAACCUUUACCAGCGAUGUCCUUGGGCGCGCCCUGAUGGCACCGCUCCUAAUUGUUGCGACAAUCGUGGUCUGGCAUUUUAUCUGGCAGAUCGCGCCUAUCCCGUCCUCACAGUAUCCUUUUGCACAGACAUGGUGGCCCCUCUACGCAACCGAUGAAUCCCUCUGGAAAACCUCACUCCGAGAUGGAAAUAGCCAGAUGCUACAAGCCAUUCGCGGCGACUACGUGUCAGCCGGCUUUACCUCCUCGGUGGCAAUUUACGGCAUCCUCUGGAUGGCAAAGUUGCCAAGUAUGUGGUUCUACGGCAUUGUCGGGGGGAUCGGUCAAGACCCAGGGAUGAUGGUCCCACGGGUUAUCGGCGCACUCAUCGGUCGGUUUUACAUGAUCAAGCAGUUCGGUCUGAAACGCUGGUUUAUGUAUAACCCCGUCUUGGCGGCAGGUUUCGUCUGUGGCGUCGGGCUUGUCGGCAUGGCAACGGUUGCGAUUGCACUGGUCUCCAAAGCAGUGAUUGUCAAACCGUUCUAA